AUUUUUCAGAUAUGACAUGCCAGUGGAAUGCUGUAUCUAAAACCAGAGUCGGAGGAAAAACUAGCUCUGGUAUUGCUAAACCAGCCACUUCCAACUGACAGAAAGCUGUUUAAAGUAUUAUGGCGUAAAGCAUUGCUCAAGGUAGCAGUGGAUGGAGGUGCCAAUCAUUUAUACAACACAAAUACACAUAAUAGAGAGAAAUAUCUACCAGAUCUCAUCACAGGAGAUUUUGACUCAAUCCAACCCAAUGUCAAAAGUUACUAUGAAGAACAGACUGUAGAAAUAGUAGAAACAUCAGAUGAGAAUUCUACAGAUUUCACUAAAGCUUUAAAAGUAGCAUCUGAUAAGAUCAAGGAAAAAGAGAUAAAAUCUGUUAUUGUGUUGGGAUCAUUUGGUGGAAGACUUGACCAUAUGUUUGCCAACAUAAACAGUCUAUAUGAAGCCAGUGAGAUAACUGAUGCUCAGAUCAUCCUUAUAUCAGUUGAUACUGUGGCAUUUCUAUUGCAACCUGGACAACAUACUAUUUCAGUGGAUCCUCGGACUUGUGCAGAAUGGUGUGGACUAAUUCCUGUUGGAGAGCCAUGUAAUUCUGUUACCACAAAGGGUCUGAAGUGGAAUUUAGAUAAACAAAGAUUGAAAUUUGGAGACCUCAUCAGUACAUCAAAUACUUUGGAAAGUGAAAGUACUGAUGUUGUUGCUGUGGAAACAGAUGCUACGCUUUUAUGGACCAUGGGUAUCAUACAUGAGAAGGAAGAAGAUACAGUUUACCAGAUGGAAGAUGGUGUGACAGAUGAAGAAAUUCUUAAGCGUGCUUGGAUGACCAUUAACUCACACAUGGAUGAUUAUUAUCCGGAAGAUCAAGAAGACUUCAUUCCAACAUUCACUCUGCAUGGCGAUGUUGAACCUUUAGAUCGUUACUGUGAACCACAACGAAAAGCUCUUCAGACAGAAAUCUUCAAGUCUAAUGACAGAAAAGUAUAUGUCUGUUUUGAAGGUUGUACGACUGACCUUGAACCAGAACAGUUGGUAAAAGGAAGUCUAUUAGUGAAAACAAAGGAGAUGACAGAUAAGAUUUUAACUCCACUCAAGAUACUUGAAAACAUGAAAAAGGGAUAUGAAAACGGAAGUACAGAUGACAUGUUGGAUCGAAGUGGAGAUCACAUUUUCAUUGAGGAUAUUGAAAUUUUUAAUCUCUCCAAUGGGGAUGUUCUCAUAGACAUCACUUGUGGUUCCUAGGAAUUUAUCAAAUUUUGAUUUUGAUCUUACUCCAUUACAGUGCUUAAGUCUCCUAAACCAAACUGUAAACAAGACAACAUAUGACCCAAUAAACCAACUUUACUGCAAUUGGUAAAUUUAGUUUUUUCUAUUUAAAAGAUAUUUUUACCACUGAUUUUUAUGAACCUAAAUUAAUACUUUCUGAGAUUUUUUUUUAUGUUGGUUGUAAUAAAUGUUUAAUAAAUACGAAAGAGAAAAGUAUUUUUGAUUAUUUCAAAUAAAAGGAGUAGGUAAUGCAAAACACAUAUUUUUUUUAUUAUUCCCCCUGUGCUAAAUGUUUUAUAUUGUUAUUUGAUGGAAAUUAUGGAUGUUUUUGUCCAUUAUACAUGCGUAUGAGUCUUUGAAAAAAAUCGUGUAUAAAUCAAGAGAUGGCAAAAUGUUGAUUGUGUGGAAGGAUUCAGAUUACAUAAAGAAAUAAAAGAAUGUAAAGCUGAUUAUUAAAGUAUAUAAUACUGGUCAUAUUUGUUGGAAAAUUCACAUUUUGUUAUAUAUUGUUAUUGUUUAUUUUUUGCAAUACUUCUAUGAAGAGAAUUUAUAAAAUUUGUUAUUUGUUUUAUUGUCAAAAGAAUUUGACAAGUUUUUAGUGUUGUUUUUUUUUUAGGUAUUUGUAUGAAGAAUUUAUAAUUAUUUUUGUAAGUUGUCAAAGAAAUGGCAAUACAUGUUGUAAUAUGAGUAUUUUUACAAGAUUUAUAUAUCUUCCGCAUUACAGUUACAGUGAAUCAGGUAUUAACAUGUACUAUGUUAUCUCAAUUUACAAAGAGCAUUUAUAAAAUAGUUGUUCUCAUUUGGAAAUUGCAUGCUGCUGUCAAUUUAGAGAUUUUAAAACACUUUGAAAACCUCAUCAAGUCUUAUUUGAAUAUAUAGUGAAAAAUGUACCAAACAGAGUCAUUAGAACUUUUUCAUUUCAGAUCUACUAUCCAGUCAGGAAUUUUAUACAUAGUCAGAAAUAUUUACAGUUACUGCUGUCAAAUGACCAGGUCUUUAAAUUUUGUUAAUACUAUAAAUUUGAUUUUUCAGUGUUUAACAUCAUAUUUACAUUUACAAUGGUAAAUAUAGAAAUCUGCUCAGUAUUUGUAUUUUGUUACAAUUAUUUUUUUUUGUAAUUGCUAAAGUGAUACAGUAAAAUGAAUUGUUUACCUAGUAAAUUACAAAAUAUUUGUUGGUGCUUUAUGAUUUUUAAAAUAAAACUUUUAUUUUAA